ACCCCUACUUCCCUCAGCACACCCUACUUCCCUCAGCACCCUACUUCCUCGGACCCUUACUUCCCCUCAGCACCCUACUCCCGGACCCUCUUCCCAAUCACCUACUUGCGGACCCUACCUUCCCUCAGCACUCCCUUAUUCCCGUCAUCCCCUAACUUUCCUCAGCACCCCGUUACUUCCCUCAGCCCCCUACUUUCCCUCAGGACCCACUACUUCCUCAGCGAGGCCCCUACUUCCUCAGGCAACACCCUACUUCCCGCACGUAGCACCUACUCUCCUCAGCACCCCUACUUACCCCGGGACCCUACUCCCAGCACCACCCUACUUCCUCAGCAACCCCUAUCUCCUCUCAGGCUCCGGCUACUUCCCUCAGCACCCGUAUUCCCUCAGCACCCCUACUUCCCUCAGGACCCCCUAAUUCCCUCGCACCCCUACUUCCUCAGGACCCCUAACUUCCCUCAGCACCCUACUUCCCUCGACCUGAUUCGCGAGCCCUUCCUACUUCCUUCUCAGCACGCCUACUCUCCUCAGCCCCCUACUUCCCGAACCCUACUGUCCCACCCCUACUUCCCAUCAGCAACCGCCCUACUCCCUCCGCACCCCUACUUCUCUCAGCACCCCUACUUCCCUCGGCCCUAUCACCUACCCCGACUACUUCCCUUCAGCACCUCACUUCCCUCAGCACCUCCUACUUCCCGCUCUGCCUCCGCCCUCUUCACCUCAGCACCUACUUCUCUCAGCACACCCUACCCCUCAGCCUACCCCCGGACCCUACUUCCCUCGCACUUCCCUAUCCAGCACCCUACUUCCCAGACCUACUGCCCUAGCCCCUAUAGUCGACUUACUUCCCUCAGCAACCCCUAUUCCCGGGACUCUCCUCAGCACCCCUACUUCCCUCGCACCACCUACUAUUCCUCACACACCUACUUCCUCUCACACCCCUACUUCCUCAGCUCCCUAGCUAUCCGCUCAGCAACCCCUACUUCCCUCAGCCACUCUCAGCUACCCCACCACCACUUCCCUCAGCACCCUACUUCCCUCAGCGCCACUGACCCGGCCCUACCCAGCACCUAUAUACCCCUCAGGACCCCUACUCCCUCAGCACCCCUACUUCCCUCCCCCACUCCCCAACCCCUCACUUCCCUCAGCACCCCUACUUCCCUCAAGCGACCUACCUUCCUCAGCUACCCCUACUCUUCCGCGGACCCGCUACUUCCCAUCAGGCACCUACUUCCGCCGGACCCCCUACUCCUCAGCACCCCUAUUCCUGCGGACCCUAUUGUCCCUCUUAUGGCACUCCUAACCUUCCGAAACUCCUACUUCCUAGCCCUCCUGCACCCUCUACUUCCCGCGGACCACUACUUCCUCAGCACCCCUCCACCUUUCCGCAGACCCCUACUCUCCCUCAGCACCCUUAACUUCCGCGGGACGGCCCUACUCUUUCUCAGCACCCCUACUUUCCCUCAGCACCCCUACUUCCCGCGGACCCCUACUUCUCCCAGCCCUUCUCUCUCAGCCACCUACUUCCUCGCGCAACUCUUUCCUACUUCCGCGGACCCCUACUUCCUCAGCACCUACUUCUUCCGCGGACCCUACUUCCUCAGACCCUAUUCCCUCAGCACCCCUACUUCCCGCUCGGACCCCUACUUCCUCAGCACCCCUUCCCUCAGCACCCUACUUCCCUCAGACCCCUACUUCCCUCAGCACCCCUACUUCUCCCGCGGACCCUACUUCCCUCAGACCCCUACUUCCCUCAGCACCCCUACUUCCCUCAGCGACCCCUUACUUUCCCUCAGCACCCCUACUUCCCCGCGGACCCCUACUUCUCCUCGAGAUCCCCUACUUCCCUCGAGACCCUACUUUCCCUCACUUCAGCACCCGCUAGAAUUCCCUCAGGACCCUCUACUUCCCGCGGACCCCUACUUCCUCAGCACCCUACUUCCCCGCGGACCCCUACUUCCCUCAGCAACCCCUACUUCCUCAGCACCCCUACUUCCCGCGGACCCCUACUUCCCUCAGCACCCCCUACUUCCGCGCGACCCCUACUUCCCUCAGCACCCCUACUUCCUCAGCACCCCUACUUCUCUCAGCACCCCUACUCUCCCGGACCCUAACUCCUCUCCGCACCCCUACUUCCCGGACCCCUACUUCUCUCAGCACCCUACUUCCUCAGCACCUACUAUCCGCGCAGACCCUUACUUCUCUUCAGCACCCCUACUUUCCUUUGCAGACCCGCCUACUUCCUCAGCACCCCUACUUCCUUGGACCUCUACUUCCGUCGAACCCCUACUUCCCGGGCCCUAA